UUCCGGUUCGAUUCCGGUUCACUCGACCCUCUCGCUGUUUCCACCUCUCUCUCUCUCUCUCUCUCUCUCUCUCUCCCCUCGCCGAGGAGAAGGGGCGGCGCCGCCGCUCUCCGCCGCCGUAGCCAUGUCGAGGUUCCGAGCUCUCCUACAAGCUUCGCUCAACGCCACCAAGAGAGCCUUCGCAUGGAAUGUAGAAGAUCUAAUGCCACCAAGCGAAAGAUAUGUGUUCAGCUUUAAUUCUAAAGAGGAACUUAAAAAAUGGCAUUUGUACUCUGACUCAGAAUAUGGAGGUUUAUCAUCUGCUUCCUUAGAGAUCACAGAUGCUGAUGCUGAUGCAGGACUUCGUGGGGUUUUUUCUGGCAAUCUUUCCUUGGACUUAAUAGAGGGUUCCUCAUGGAGAAUGAGGCGAAGCGGUUUUUGUGGAAUGCGGUCAAAGAAGUUUGAUGGCUUUAUUGACCUUGAUGCGUACGAUACUAUAGCCAUGAGGCUUAGAGGUGAUGGAAGAUGUUAUAUAUCAACUAUAUACACGGAGAACUGGGUUAAUUCGCCCGGACAGCAGGAAGAUAAUUCAUGGCAAGCUUUCAUUCUCGCACCCAAGGAUACAUGGCAUAUCGCAAAGAUUCCUUUAGAUCGAUAUUUGCCGACGUGGAGAGGAAACGUGAUCGAUGCCAAGUUAGAGAUGAACCCAUCCCGCAUCGUCGGGAUGUCUCUCUCCGUAAAUGCAGAGGGUGGUGUUCCCGGUGCCAGGACCGGACCUGGAGACUUCAAACUAGGGAUUGAUUGGAUUAAAGCUUUGAGAACUUAGAUAUCACGUUUUCAAAUGCAGCUUUUUGUUUAAACUCGAUUUUAGUUUGACCAACGAAAGAUCUUUUCAGUAGAGGUGGCAUGCCGGCAGGUUGGCUUGGUGUUUUUCGGGUCUCUAUAUGGUUGAGUAUUGGUUUUGAGUCAUUAGGUUCCGAUUUUUCUCGGGUUUCAGGUUUUCCGUGGUUCAGAUAGCCACAUGUUUUGGAUCUUUUCGUUUUUCGGUUUCUGGUUUGGAUUAUCUCAUGUUCGAGUUCUUCUCUACUUUGGAUUUCACUUUUACUCAGAUUAGGUUUUGGAUUAUCUUGUGUUUCGGCUGCUUUGGGUCAAUAAGAAAUGGUCUUCUCUGCGUCGAGGUCAUUUUCGGUUCCAGAUUGCUCCAGGAUCAGUUCAUUGACUUCUGCAUCUUUUUCUUUUUCUUUUUUUAAAUCAAUUUGUGAAUUAUGCGUCGAGCCGACUUUUCCCCCUCUGCCUUUCUGUGCGGAAUUUCGAGGAUUUUUCAUAUUUUACAGUUGUUCCAGUAUGCCAUCUAAUGUAUUGACAAUGUACAUCAACAUGAGUUAUCCAAAGAAUAACUCCAGAUCAAAUGAGUUAUGGGUGAGUUUUACUUUCUCUCAUUUAAUAAUAAUUGGUUCAUUAUCUGAUGAUCCCACCAAGGGAAGAUAUUUUGCUGUGGAAUUUGGUGGGAAAAAUAAACUAACAAUUAUGUCUUUGUCACCAUAGUUCAAGCAAGGUGUAUUCUUGUGACC